AUGUUAGAGACGUCAAUGAGACACCUCCUCCGUUAUGGACAUAAUCAAUCGUUCGUCUCAUGUUCCUCUGCUCUUUGCUAAUUGCCUCUCUGCUGUUGAUAACCUACAUUUAAAGCAGCUCUAUGUAAUCCUCUAAUUUCUUUAAGUCUGAUCGUAAAUAUUGAAGAAGCACGUAAGUACGUUCAUAAUGUAAAGCAUUGUAGAAAUAGGAAACAAUCCUAAAAUAAAAUAAUGUGAUUCUCAUCUGCUACUACUGACUGAGUAGAAUGCGACGAUACGAUAUAGUAGUACAGUCAGUGGGUGGAUGUGUUUUUUUGUCUCAUCCAACCUCCUCUCACAUUUUGUGCCUAUCUUUUCAGUUUAACUCUUUCGAGAGAAAUCUGCACUGGUUCUGGCUCGGGGGUUGUUAUAUGACCAGCAAAAGAGACAUAGUCAGAGUCUGAUUGAAUGACCAAUUCCUUCAUAUCCUUCGUUCGCUGUUGCCUUCCUCCUCAACUCGUCGUCGUCGUCGUAUUCGAUUGAACCCAAUAAUGAGCUCGGAACAAACAGAUUGGGCAGAUGUCCUUUGGAAACUUUGAAGAAAUUAAUGCCGAGCUGGAAAUAUUGAGAGAAAGAAAGGAGAAAAAUGUUCACGAUCAUCUCAUCUCGUCGGAGUGUGGUGAGACAUAGUGGCGGAUAUAUGGAGCAUAGGCGUGCGGCGUAUAUAGCGGCGGUGGUGGCGGUUAGCUCGGGGGUUUGGAGAGGGAAAGCAGGAGCCGUUCCCUCCACAGCAGUGUGUGGCCCACAGUGUGGAAACAAAUUGACUGGUUGUGAAAAUCCUCAAGCAACAAAUUUCGAUUCUGGUGGAAUUUUGGCGAAAAGGUGGACCCCUUGCUGAAUCCGUCACUGGAUGCAGACCUUUCAAGCGUCAUGUCUGACGGAGGGCAGCAACAACAGCGGGUCCUUGAUUUAAUUGACGAUCCAAAUGCAUUGGAGUCAUUUUUGGGAGGACUCACAUCAGACAGCGAGUUACUUCCAUCCGCAGAAUCCGUGGACAAUGUCGUUGCAUCCUUGGCCCGAUCUCUGGAAGCAGACUAUGAGGUUGACUCGCCAAACGAAACCUUAUUUGACACUCUUGAAGCAUCCUCCAAUAACUUGACUGACAUAUCGCAGUCGUAUGUACCCUCUGACUUUGAAAAUGCUAUUGCAAAUGCUACUGGAGGAGGAGGGGGUCAACAAGGAUUUAACAAUUCGAUGGGAUCUCUGUCCAAUGGCGAAGUCAAUAAUCAUGUCCUUCAGCAACAACAACAACAACAAACAUUACAAAAUUCAUUGUCUAGCAUUGUUACUUCUGGAGUUGACCAAUUUCUUAUGUCAUCUUCGCAAACGAAUAGUAUCGCAUCUUCAAGUUUACAACAAUUAACUUCUAACUGUGAUUCUUCGUCAUCUGCUUCUCAAUUCCUUCAACAACAUCAGAUUCAGAUGAAUCAAACUCAAGUAAUUCUGGAUAGUAAUAAUGUCACGUCGUCGUAUUCAUUUAGUCAAGAACUUUUGCAGAAGCAGCAGACUAUCGUCAAUCAGCAAACUCAACAGAUACCUAGUCUUUCGUCGACGACCUCAUUAAAUCACCAACAAACUGAUUCCUCUUCUCUGAAUCAGUCGAUCUCUGUUUCGAUGCCAUGUAAUCAAAAUAAUAAUACUGGGCAGUUGACUACUCAUAAUAAUGCAUUUCAACAACAGCAACAAGCUGAGGUGCCCCAACAACAACAUGGUCAAAUACAGAUUAUUAAUCAACAUCUUCAACAAGUACCCAAUAACUCGACUUCAAAUCCUGCUGGUACAAACAAUUCCUCCUCGGCGACUAACAAUGAUGGCAGUAACAAUAAUAAUGUUAAUAAUAUACCCAUCAACAAUAGCGCUAGUAUUUCUGUUAGCAAUUCGUCUAUUUUACGAGCACAACCCCAUUAUAUCCAGAGUACUACCCACCCACAGCAGCAAACAACCCUAAAUCAGUUAGUCUCUGCAGGGCAGACGGUCAGUCUAGCGGGUGCUCAUCAGUUACUGGCCACCUCAACGGGGAAUAUAAUGACAACGGGCCAGGCUCAAACCAACAUAAUUCAACAGAUUCAAACUGGAGGAGGUCAAAGUUAUAUCACAAUGGAUCAGCCUACAACUGCGCUAAUUGCGGGACCAGGGACCUUCGGCGGAGCCAAUUUAGCAUUAUUAGCUACGGGGGGUGCUCCAACUUAUGCAGUAGUAAAUACCGGAACCCAAUUUCUAUCAAAUACAAUAAUGGCACAGCCCCAAGCCUUUCAAACAUGUUUAACAAAGGGCCCGAAUGGAACGUACUAUCAGACGACUGCAGGUGGAGCAGCCCAGUUGGUUGCAACAUCGAACGUUGGUCAGAUUCAAAACGUGAAUGUAAGUAUGGCAAGUAGUCCAAUCGCCAGCAAACCCAAGCAACCUCCACAGUUGUUGCCGAAACCUCAGUCCAGCUCAAGUCCUGCAAAUGUUACGACAAACGAGGUCGAUGGUAAUAAUAUGUCGGCGCCAUCCACAACUGUUCCUAAUGGCGCACAUAACACAGUUUCCGUCAAUACAUCCGAUGGCGUAACUCAGAUUUUUCAGCAACAACAAGGUCAAGUGGUGGUUACAUCUGUAGGCAAUACAAUGAUUCCUCAACAAUCUUUCACAAUCGGUGGUGCAGGACUUCAACAGAUGGUUAUGUCUCAGAAUGCAAACCAGCAAACACAACUAACUGGAACAAUCGUUGUUAAUCAAUAUGGCCAACCAAUGUUGGUGCCAUCAGGGGGACAGCAGGGAAUUCAAUUUAUUGUGCGACCUCAGCAACAAGUUUUGACCCUUCAACCUGGGACAACUACCAUUGGUGCCCAAGCCAAUAAUGGGAAACCAAUUGUGCGAUAUGUGUCGCAAAUGCCUCAAGUAGCACAGACCCAAGGAUAUGGUCUCCAGCAAAUCCAAACGCCCAAUGGUCCCGCUUGGGUUGCUGUCCGAUAUCCGCCUGCAACAACUUUGACAACGUCUUCGGGACAAUUUAGUCAGAUGCAAACCGACUCAAAUAUUAUAACUUCUCAAACAGCUCAAAUUUCUUCGCCUCCACAGCAGCAGCAGCAACACAUUGGUCAAGUACAAAUUCAAACAACACAACCGCAGCAGCUAGCGUCAACUCCGAUAAUAACAACAACAGCAACAACUCCAAAUUCUCAAACACAACAGCCAGUAGUAUCCCAGCCACAAAAACCACCCACAACUAACAAGUUGCAAAAAUCUAAUAUCCAACAGAAUAUAAUUGCAACCCCUGACUCAUCCUCCGAGCCGUCCCCACCCAAGAAACCCAAGUCUAAACCAAAAGCAAGCAAAAAGAAGGUCACGUUGGACUUGGAGCAGCUAUUAAAACAAUCUGGAAUAAUGGACGAGGACCUGCAAGACGACAGCUCAUUCGACUUUAGUUUCUCCAGUCAAGAUGCCACUCAAAAUGGAUUUGACAUUGACUUUUUGCAAACACCUUCAGAAGUUAAGACGCUAAAUUCUUUACAAGAUCCAGGUGUCAAUUCAUCAGGGAAGACAAAAGGUGGUGGAAAGAAGAGGCCAAGUACAUCAGGUGGUUCCACUGGUGGGAGUAGUAAUAAGAAGAAGAAAAGUCCCCAAAAACAGAAACCUCCAACACCACCUCCUCCGCCCCCGCCCACACCUCCAACUCCUAGAUCACGGCCCAAGAAAAAAGGGGGAGGGGGCAACCAGAAGGCUGAUUCCAAGACUGAGAAUUCAAAAAACGAACCUGUCAAGAAAGUUUCCAGUCUUGAUGACAUCAUGUCGUCAAUUGAUGCUGUAGCAAAUGCAGCAUGCUCUCCGUCCCCACCCUCUAGCCCAGCGUCAUCACUUCCUCUAAGCAGUCCUGCACGCGUUCUUACUCCUGCGACUCCUGCUCCAAUGACACCAACUUCACCUGCCAUUCCUUCCAGUAUUAAGCAACCUUCCACGCCCAUACAACAGGUUCAAGUGAUGGCUCCAGUCACACCGACAUCUUCAUCGCUUGUAUCUAUAGCCUCUAACGGAAUCAACAAUAAUCCGAACCCGGUAGCCUCCCUUGUAUCAUCAAACGCAGCAACAAGAACAACAACCAGAAUAGUACAAACAAUUCAGUUAACCCCACAAAAUCAACACUUAUUGAGGAAUAUCCAGGCCCAAAUUUCUAGACUACUUUCCCUUCCUAAACGAAACGAAACUGAGCAAACGGCUCUUCAGAAACUGAUUGUCCUACAACAACAAGUUAUUUCAACCGGAAUUCCUGUUCCAAACCCCAGUCACUUGAGUAAUCUGGCUCAAUCUACGAUUUCUAAUGUUCCUGCGUCAACAUUAUCUACAACUCCAUCAACGACAUCGACUUUGGGAGUUACCUCUUCGUCUACCUCUACUAUCGAGUCCGUUGCUUCUACAACCACUGCGCCAACGUCCACAGCUACAAUUUCUUCCCCCACUAGUAAUAUUAAUACGAAUAAUAACAAUUCAAAUUCUCCAGUAACUUUGUCUGCCACCAAUUCGAAUGUAAAAAUUCUCAAAAAAGUUACCAUUCCUACUUCAAUUGACGAGCCCAGCAAUGAUCUUAGUGGAAGUUUUAUUGAAACAAUGGCUAAAGUAGGUACAGUUAAUAAUGAGAGUUCUAAUGCAAACGUUGGAGUUAUGGAAGAAAACAAGGAAAAUGCAACUACCAGUGCUUCAAACAUGGUUGUAUCAUCAAGCACAUUUGCUUCCGGUACAAGUACAACUAAUGCACUGGGGCAGCACCACGUACAAUCCUUUCCGACUACAUUUAAAAGCCCCGUCGAUGAAAAAAAGGCUGAUGACCAGCGCGUUGUUAACUUGAAAGUAGAAGAGGAAAAACGAUCCAGAUGGAAAAAAGAAGAGUUUGAAAUGUUGUUGAAACGAGAUCAACAAUGCGUGACUCAACCAGAUUAUGAAAUCCCCUUCACUGAUAAAAGAGACGCGGUGGAACGAUUAAUGAAAUAUCACAUUCUUCGUGAUCGUAAUGAUAUGAAUUUUGAAGAAUUUGACAAUGAGUUUUGCGAUAAAGCAUCGGUCCUUCUUGAUAAAUUUCAUGGAAUGGUUUCGAAAUAUCGAUCAUUAUUGCUGAAAGAAUCGAUGAAAGAGGUUGGUUGCGCAGAGAGGGUUAUGUUAGAAAGAAUGUUUGUGACGGAAGAGAAGAUGAAGAUGGAACAGGAUAGGUUGUUUAUAAGUCAAGGCGAAGUACUCGACCUUCCACCACCUCCAGCAGGUUGGGUUCCUAAAAUCCAGGAAAUGGUCGACAAAGAAAUGAAGGAAAUGGAGCAGGACUCCUAUGUUAAUAUGCAAGUUCAAUCUGCUAUAGAUUCCAUUAUUGGCUUUGGAAAUAUUGACUCGACGAAUGCAAUUAACGACGAUGAAAAUAAGAUUGAAUACGAUGCCUUUGGAGUGCCAAUUAAUAAUAACGGGGGUUUGAAUACGUUUGGACUGAACACGUCUUCUGCCGACAUAGAUGAAGCUGUGAGAAGUAUAAUGAUGUGAAACUACCACCACAUACACUUUGUGACAAACAAAACAAAACUCUAUACAAGUUAAAUCAUUUUAAUAUUAGGUCAUGUCGUUGGACGUACGUAUGUAUACUGCCGUUUUUUGCAUUUAUUCUAUUAUUUGAAACAUACACCUAUGGUCAAACUAAUAGUGUGGCGAAAAGAGUAGCCACGUUGGGAGUAUUUAAACACACAAGAAUACUCUGAUAAUAAGGAAUCAAUUGUGGCAUAAACUUUCUCAUUUUGUACUAUUAUUAAUACGAAUUAUGUAUUCAUGCAUUUUACCCUACCUGAUAUCCGUAAAUGGACUCUGUGUGAAACCUACAUAUAUGUAUUAAUAGUCGUAUUUUCUAAUUACAUGACAUGCAUGAUGAGGGAACUCAGGGUGUAAAGUUAUCAAUAUUAUGUUUGGAACACCUGUGUUUGUAUCUGGGCUUGGUUAAUACAUACGGAGAAAGUGGCUGGAGACUUAGUAGCUUGUGAUAUAUAGGUUAACAUUUUCUUGUAGUUAAGAAAAUCAUGUCGUCUCAACUAAACAUUACGUAAAUUAAGACUUGUGUACUUGAUUACCAGUGCUGUAACGGUUGCUGAAAUUCAACCGAUAAUAUUAUGACACGAUAUAAGCCCGUACUUUUAAUAUGUCGAAAAAUAUUUUAAUAAAUGAUUACAAACAAGA